CCAAUGAAGUCUUAUCUCUUCCUCUCUUUUCUUUCUCUUCCUCCGUUCCUCUUUGACACUCACGGUAGAGACUACAGAGUGAGCUGGGAAGCUCAAGAGCCAUGGCAGGGGGAUUUACAAUAACAAGCGGAGGACAGUACAGUGGGAGAAUAACCACUUUUGUCGUAUUAUCUUGUAUGAUGGCUGCCAUGGGAGGUCUUCUCUUCGGCUAUGACAUUGGAAUUUCAGGUGGAGUGACUUCCAUGGAAUCAUUUCUGAAGAAAUUUUUCCCAAAAGUUUACAAACAGAAAGAAGAUUCAAGUGUUAGCAACUACUGCACAUAUGAUAGCCAUUUACUAACAUCAUUCACAUCCUCAUUAUAUGUUGCUGGACUUUUCACUUCUUUAUUUGCUUCCAAGAUAACCAGCUCUCUUGACCGCAAGCCAUCGAUCCUGUUCGGAGGGGUUGCAUUCCUUGUUGGCUCUGCUCUGGGUGGUGCUGCUGUUAAUGUUGAAAUGUUGAUUCUCGGCCGCUUGUUGCUUGGAGUUGGUGUUGGUUUUGCAAACCAGGCAGUUCCUCUGUAUCUCUCUGAAAUGGCACCAUCAAGAUACAGGGGAGCAAUCAAUAAUGGGUUUCAGCUCAGCAUUGGCAUAGGAGCAGUAAUAGCUAAUCUGAUUAACUUUGGCACCGAAAAGAUCGAAGGCGGUUGGGGCUGGCGAGCCUCGCUAGCACUUGCAGCAGUACCAGCUUCAAUCCUCACAAUUGGUGCAAUUUUUCUCCCAGAAACACCCAACAGCCUAGUCCUGCUCCACAACGGCCAUGAAAAGGCCAAACUCAUGCUUCAACGGGUACGAGGCACGACCGAUGUCCAAGAAGAACUCGACGAUCUUGUCAAAGCAAGCUCCAUAUCAAAGACCAUUGAUAACCCAUUUAAGAAAAUCAUACAAAGAAAGUACAGGCCUCAAUUAGUAAUGUCAAUCGCCAUACCAUUUUUUCAACAAGUGACUGGAAUCAAUGUGAUCGCAUUCUACGCUCCUUUGAUAUUCAGGACAAUUGGGUUUGGAGAAAGUGCAUCACUGAUGUCUGGAGUUGUCAUUGGGGUUAUAGGUACUGGUUCAACGUUCAUAUCCAUGCUUAUAGUCGAUAAACUCGGCCGGAGAGUAUUGUUCAUGGUCGGAGGGAUACAAAUGUUGGCUUCUCAGAUCAUCAUUGGAUGUAUAAUGGCAACCCAGUUAGGUGACCAUGGAGGAGUUAGCAAAGGCUAUGCUUACUUAAUCUUAACAUUUAUAUGUGUUUAUGUAUCUGGGUUUUCAUGGUCAUGGGGGCCAUUGGGAUGGUUGGUUCCAAGUGAGAUUUUCCAAUUGGAGAUUCGAUCGGCUGGGCAGAGUAUUACGGUUGCAGUGAGCUUUAUCUUCACUUUCCUCAUUGCACAAACAUUUCUAGCCAUGCUUUGCCACAUGAAGUCUGGACUUUUCUUCUUUUUUGGUGGAUGGGUUGUGGCGAUGACUCUGUUUGUGUACUUGUUGCUGCCGGAGACUAAGAAUGUGCCGAUUGAGUUGAUGGAUAAGGUGUGGAGAGAGCAUUGGUUUUGGAAGAAAAUAGUUGGUGAGGUGAUGGAACAGAGUAAGGAAGACACAGUAUAGUUUUUAUAAAAUGUCUGUAUUUGAUUUGGCACAUGUAAUUCUACAUUCUGACCGCGUAAUAAAUCACAUUAGCCGUGGUAAUCAAAACCGAUAAAUAUCUUGGAUUCUCCUGCAACACUUUUUUUUU